CCGCCGCCUCCGCGCAGCCCCGGCGGUGCGAGGCAUGAAGCUGAGCAAAGCCCAGUACGAUGAGAUAGCCCAGUUCCUGGGGCACGUGCAGCCCACCCGACAGAGCCUGAGGAAGCUGAAGGAGAAGUUCCCUAGUCAAUCGCAGUCCACUCUGCUGAGCAUCUUCUCCCAGGAGUACCAGAAGCAAAUCAAAAGAACACAUGCCAAGCACCACACUGCUGAAGCUAUUGAAACUUACUACCAAAGAUACCUGAAUGGGGUGAUGAAAAAUGCAGCUGCCCCUGUAUUACUGGAGCUGGCCAAUGAGGUGGACUUUGCCCCAUCAUUGAUGGCUCGUAUUGUGUUAGAGAGAUUUCUACAAGAAAAGGAACAAGCCAUCCCAGUGACCUGGCUGGCCUUUGGCAAUGAGAUUCAAUGCACAUGGCUCCGCAGUCAAAUCAUCAAAUUUCCCUCCUCCAAAACUCUAAUAAAUAGUAUGCUACGGGACCCUUCUCAGAUUCCAGAUGGAGUUCUAGCAACUCAAGUCUAUCAGUGUACUGUGAAUGACUGUUGUUAUGGACCACUGGUGGACUGCAUCAAACACGCUAUUGGGCAUGAGCAUGAAGUCUUGCUGCGAGAAAUGCUUUUGGAAAAAAAUCUCUCUUUCAUAGCUGAAGAUCAGCUUCGUGCAAAGGGUUAUGACAAAACACCAGACUUUAUUUUAGAAGUACCAGUAGCUGUGGAAGGACACAUAAUUCACUGGAUAGAAAGCAAAGCCUCAUUUGGUGAUGAAAGUAGCCACCAAGCCUAUUUGCAGGACCAGUUUUGGAGCUACUGGAACAGAACCAAUUGGUACAUUCAAAGAUUUUCUCUCCUCCUUGGAGCUAAUGGAUGUGUUCCCUUUCCAUAGCAAUACCAAAUGAGCAUUCUGUUAUUUAAGUUCAUUCUCGUGUGGAAACCACAGUUAUUCACUAGCUUGUUAAAUGUUACAAGUGAUGCAAGAAGUCAUUUUGUUGCCUGACUAUCAAUCAUCUUGCUGUCAUAUCCGCACUUUGGAAGGAGUCGAAUUAAAAAGGAUAGUUCUUACUUUAAGUUACCCUUCCCUACCUCAUCCCCUUUCACAAAAAGGUUAAAUGUCGUUUCAAAUUAAGGCAGCAAUAAUUAACCAGUGGCAUUGUUUGUGAUUUGGCAACUCUGGGCGUUAAUGAGAAAGAAAUUAGCACUUAGCAGCAGGAGUUCCUGAUAGUCAGUGGCAAAUGCUUAAUGUGCCAACAAGUUAAUUUUGGUCUUAAGUAGCACACUUAAGUGCUUUUGAACAAAAGUAUGAUGUGGUUUUUUAUGUGAUCAUACAGGAGUUGUGUGCUAUAGAGCUAUAAUAGAAGGAAUGACACAAUAGAGUUGGGAAAAGUGCAACCUAGGCAGCACAGGGCAAACAGUUUUGCUAUAACACCACAGUCAAAAGCAGGAUUGAUAGAUGUUUUCAUGCUAAAGAUGUACUUGCUCCUGCCAUUAACAAUCUACAGAUGUUCUUGUAUAUAAAUUUUAUUACCAAAUUUGGCAUUUCUGAACAUAAUUUUUUAAGUGCCUCAAAAAUUGUGUUUAAGCUGAGGUGAUUUGCUAGAAAGACAUAAAUUAGCCUUUUGAGUUGUCUCAAAGUAGUAAUUUUAUUUAAAAUUACAGUUUCAAAAAAUAACUUAAGAAAUUACUUAAGUAGAGUACCACAUGCAUUUUACAAUGAAUGAAGGAUUCAGACUGCCACACAGCAAAAUGAGCCCUUCAAAACUUGGGUGAGCAGCAGCAUAAGGAUUUUACCUGGCACACGUGCUCCUAAUCAGUAACUACUUACGUACACUUCAUAGCUUCUGCCUUGCACAAAGUAGCCCAUUAGAAAUUUAAGGUCUGCUCCCUAUAUUCUGGGGAUUUUUGCUUUUAAAAUAACUUUGGUUAAUACAUAAGUACAUCCCCACCCAAUUAUCCCAUUUCUCUGUUUGCUUGAUGUGGGAACAGAUACACAGUCUGUGAAAUAACAAAAGUAAGGGUCCAUCCAGCAUCAGCAAACUGCUGUCUCUCACCAGAGGCUGGGAGCAUCAGUCCUUGGCCUCAUCUGCCAUUGGCCCCUUGCUCCUGCUAGGCUAUCUGGUCUCCCCAGUACAUUGAGGUUCUGCAUGUCUUGCCCCCACAUGAACUUGAACAAAGGACAAUAUCCUUAGAGACAGUAGAGGCUGAAGUUGUUGGCCAGCCAGAGAAAAGUUAGGAAUUGCGUGCAGGCAGCAUUGUCCUUCCACAUUAGCCACUUUUUAGUCCGAACUGUAUUUAUUGCCAAACAUGUUAGGAUGUGUUAUCUAAUGUAGCCAGAUUUGUCAGAGUUUUAACCUUUCAGCUUUCAAAUAUCAUCUUUCAGUUGCAAAUAGCACAUUUGCCAUUGUGGCCUCAGCUGCACUUAGGGGUUAUUUACUCUGCCACUGAACUGUGGCCACUUCAAGGUUGAAGAGUAUUAGCCAUAGACAAUGUUACAAUGCUCUGGAGCAGUUUCGGGCAAAAGAAUACUAUAUCUAAUUGAAACUGCAGGAGGAAGCCACCGAGGUUUCUUUUUCUUUUGAUGCCUAUUCCAUUAGAUAAGCACAUCAAAUAGAGUUUCCCCCCACUGCUGGAAAGAAACCACCUUCAUGAAGCCAGUCUGGCACUACCCAUGGCUUUGAGUGCUUGUAUUUUCUGCUCAGGGGAAAUUUAGGUUACCAUGGCUCCUCUCAUCACAUUUUUAUUAUAAUUAAACAUUAACAAAAAUUGUCUACCAUAUUGGUUGAGUCCUGAGCAUAGCUUUGCAUAUAAACCAUUACAUGACAUUCUAUUGAACUUUUUCUUGUACAGUCGGUAUCUAACAGCUCAUCCUGCACUGUUGGUUUUGGCAAGUUCACUACAGCAUAUAAUAAAUCAAGGAAGAAAAAGCUUUUUGGCCUAAUGUUGUACAGACUGCUGUAAUGUUAGACUACAGAAAGCAGUUCUGUUUUUAGACAUCCUUUUACUAACCCAACAUUCAUAAUUUAUGAUUCCACUGUAAAAUUCCUGCAACACUACACCAGAAGUAGUGCUGCCCUUUAAUUAAGUGCUCUCAGUAGGAAAAACGUGAAACUGAUGUGCAAAACAUAUCACAGUACACAGUGAUUGAUAGUGAUUACUUCUUUAUGAACCCAGCCUGAAGGUCUGAACUUCCUGAUGGGUAAAAUAGUCCAUGGGGCUACUUCCUGAGUUUGCCUAGUGGGGAUCAGUCAGAGUUAGCAAUAUCUGAGGAAUUCUUGAGGCACGUUUCAGAGACGUUACAGCACAAACUUUCUGUUUCUUCUGAAUUGUGCUUUAUGUUAAUAAUUGCCUGAAUAAUAGCUCAUUGUAGAGAUUAUAUUUUAAGGAUUCAUUGUUAUUUUCAUGGUAUUAUCAUUUGCAUGAACUGAGACAUGCUAAAACUCUUGUGUUUUUAAUGUCUACACCCCCAAAUCUAAAAAAGCCGAUUGCAUGGGAAGAGACAUUUCCAUAUAUAUCAAAGUUAUUGAAUAUUAUUUAAUACAUAGCUAUUUUUUUGCUGAUAUGUGCAGAGUGUUCAAAGGAGAAAAAAGACUGAUGUGGAUUGUUUGAGUCUCUAAAUAGCAUUUUUAUUCAUGGAAUCAGGUAUUAUUGACAUCUAUCAAUUGAACAUCAGCGGAAAUUUGAAAGUUAAGUGGAGGUCAAAUACUCUCUCCAAUUUUGCAGUGAAAUUAACAGAUUUACUUGUAUUGGAAUCACAGAGGUGGGAAAUUAAAGUUCCCCUAACACAAUCACAUAAGU